AGAACUGCUUUGCGCGAGGGGCAGGAAAGGCGCGGGAGGCGGGGGAGGUGCGGAGAUGGCGCUCUGCACCGCGGCAGAGGGAGGGCGCUGGCGCCGGGGACACGAAACCGCAGAGCCCGGACGAGUCAGGGAGUGAGGCACUAGCCGGGCGCCCGGGGUUCUGCAGGCACAGGCGGCGCGGGGACUGGAGCAGGUUACCCGGCCGCCCGAGCGCUCGCACCCCGCUGAAAGAAACACAGGCGGCCCGCCGGCUCUGCCUGGCCCGCUACCCGACCGGCUCAGGGCUCAGGGCUAGGGGCUCACGCCAAGCGGAGCCUGGUGAGCGGUGCCCACCUCCCUCCGCCGCAUCCCGAGGCCGGCCCCCUCUGAUGCACUGGCGGCCGCGUCUGGGGACUCUGGGCUAGAUGACCGUGGACAGCAGCAUGAGCAGUGGGUACUGCAGCCUGGACGAGGAACUGGAAGACUGCUUCUUCACUGCUAAGACCACCUUUUUCAGAAAUGCGCAGAGCAAACAUCUUUCAAAGAAUGUCUGUAAACCUGUGGAGGAGACACAGCGCCCACCCACACUGCAGGAGAUCAAGCAGAAGAUUGACAGCUACAACACGCGAGAGAAGAACUGCCUGGGCAUGAAGCUGAGUGAAGACGGCACCUACACGGGUUUCAUCAAAGUGCAUCUGAAACUCCGGCGGCCUGUGACGGUGCCUGCUGGGAUCCGGCCCCAGUCCAUCUAUGAUGCCAUCAAGGAUGUGAACCUGGCAGCCACCACGGACAAGCGGACGUCCUUCUACCUGCCCCUAGAUGCCAUCAAGCAGCUGCACAUCAGCAGCACCACCACCGUCAGUGAGGUCAUCCAGGGGCUGCUCAAGAAGUUCAUGGUUGUGGACAAUCCCCAGAAGUUUGCACUUUUUAAGCGGACACACAAGGACGGACAAGUGCUCUUCCAGAAACUCUCCAUUGCUGACCGCCCCCUCUACCUGCGCCUGCUUGCUGGGCCUGACACCGAGGUCCUCAGCUUUGUGCUAAAGGAGAAUGAAACUGGAGAGGUGGAGUGGGAUGCCUUCUCCAUCCCUGAACUUCAGAACUUCCUAACAAUCCUGGAAAAAGAGGAGCAGGACAAAAUCCAACAAGUGCAAAAGAAGUAUGACAAGUUUAGGCAGAAACUGGAGGAAGCCUUAAGAGAAUCCCAGGGCAAACCUGGGUAACCGGUCCUGCUUCCUCUCCUGGUGCACUCAGAUUUAUUUGUAUUAUUAAUUAUUAUUUUGCAACAGACACUUUUUCUCAGGACACCUCUGGCAGGUGCAUUCGUGCCUGCCCAGCAGUUCCAGCUGUGGCAAAAGUCUCUUCCAUGGACAAGUGUUUGCACGGGGGUUCAGCUGUGCCCGCCCCCAGGCUGUGCCCCACCACAGACUCUGCCAAGGAUCAGAACUCAUGUGAAACAAACAGCCGACGUCCUCUCUCGAUCUGCAAGCCUUUCAUCAACCAAAUAGCUGCCUCUCUUCUCACCAAACUGGAACCUCACACCAGCCAGCAAAGGAAGGAAGAAAGGUUUUAGAGCGGUGUGUUCUUUCUCUGGCUUUGAUUAUUCUUUGAGUUCUCUUAUUUGCCACCUACAGUACCUUUAUUUAUGAGUGAAAAGUUGUAGCACAUUCCUUUUGCAGGUCUGAGCUAAGCCCCUGAAAGCAGGAUAAUGCUUAUAAAAGGACUGUUCCCGUGGCCCCAAGGUGCCUGUUGUUCACACUUAAGGGAAGUUUAUAAAGCUACUGGCCCCAGAUGCUCAGGGUAAGGAGCACCAAAGCUGAGGCUGGCUCAGAGAUCUCCAGAGAAGCUGCAACCUGCCCUGGCCCUGGCUCUGGCCCUGGCCCAGGCCCACAUUGCACAUGGAAACCCAAAGGCAUGUAUCUGCGUAUGUGUGGUACUUAGUCACAUCUUUGUCAACAAACUGUUUGUUUUUAAGUUACAAAUUUGAAUUUAAUGUUGUCAUCAUCCUCAUGUGUUUCCCCAAAGGGAAGCCAGCCACUGACCAUUUACAAAGUCUCCUGCUAAGUAUGGAAAUCAGACAGUAACAGAAAGCCAAAAAGAGAUGCAGAGAAACGUGUCCAAGCUGUCUUCAGCCUUCCCCAGCUAGAGAGCAGAGGAGGGCCUGGACUGCUUGGGUUCCCCAUCGGCCUCCAGCACUGCCUCCCUCCUCCCACUGGGACUCUGGGAUCUCCAGGUGCUGCCCAAGGAGUUGCCUUGAUUACAGAGAGGGGAGCCUCCAAUUCGGCCAACUUGGAGUCCUUUCUGUUUUGAAGCAUGGGCCAGCCCCAGCACUGCGCUCAGAGAGCCAGUGGGCCUGGCCUCCCCGUCAACCUUAGUGCCUUUUUGUUUUCAGAGAGAAAUAGAAGCGGGGCAAGUUUGCCUGAAGCUCUGCUGCUGGCUCCUCCUGCCAGGAAGUGGACAAUGGUGGCGGUGUGGGAGACAAGGCCAGGAGAGUCCGCAUUCAGUAUGGGUUGAGGGUCACAGACCUCCCUCCCAUCUGGGUGCCUGCGUUUUGACUCCAAUCAGUGAUACCAGACCACACUGACAGGGAGGAUCAGAUUCCUGACUCUACAUUUCACUGGCUUCUUGUUUAGGCUGAAUCCUAAAAUAAAUUAGUCAAACCAUUCCAACAAGCAGCCAGGACUGCAGAGACACUCCAAUGCAGAGGGAGAAGGACUUGUAAUUUUCAAAGCAGGGCUGGUUUUCCAAUCCAGCCUCUGAGAAACCAUUUCUUUGCUAUCCUCUGCCUUCCCAAGUCCCUCUUGGGUUGGUUCAAGCCCAAGCUUGUUCGUGUAGCUUCAGAAGUUCCCUCCCUGACCCAGGCUGAGUCCAUACUGCCACUGAUCCCAGACGGAAUGCUGACCCUUCGUCGUAUAAACUGUGCAUAGUCUCCAGAGCUGCAAAGGCAACACAAGCUCGCAACUCUAAGAUUUUUUUAAACCACAAAAACCCUGGUUAGCCAUCUCAUGCUCAGCCUUAUCACGUCCCUCCCUCUAAAAACUCUCUCCCUGCUGUAUAUUAAAGGGAGCAGGUAGACAGUCAUUUUCCUUCGUCCUGCAUGUCUCUAACAUUAAUAGAAGGCAUGGCUCCUGCUGCAACUGCUGUGAAUGCUGCUGAGAACCUCCCUCUAUGGGGAUGGCUAUUUUAUUUUUGAGAAGGAAAAAAAAAAAAAGUCACGUAUAUAUACACAUAAAGGCAUAUAGCUAUAUAUAAAGAGAUAAGGGUGUUUAUGAAAUGAGAAAAUUAUUGGACAAUUCAGAUUUUACUAAAGCACAGUUAGACCCAGCCUAUGCUGAGGUCUAAACCUCUGAAAAAAGUAUAGUAUCGAGUAUCCCUUCCCUCCCAGAGGUGGGAGUAACUGCUGGUAGUGCCUUCUCUGGUUGUGUUGCUCAGCGUGUAAGUGUUUGUUUCCAGGAUAUUUUCUUUUUAAAUGUCUUUCUUAUAUGGGUUUUAAAAAAAAGUAAUAAAAGCCUGUUGCAAAAAUGA